AUGCCGCCGCGAUUGUCGUUACGAGCCUCGGCGGCUCCUCGUCGCCUCCUCGGACAAGUCAGCGGUAGCGAACGGCAGGCUGUUUGUUUCUUUUGUUCAUUGACGGAUUCCUCCUCUCCGAGACCGCAGCAGCAGCAACAGACACCAGCCACCCGACGGGCCAGACGAAGAAGAGGAGGAAGACUAGCUGCCAGCUCACAGCAACAGCAACGAGUUUACCAGUCCACCACGUCCACCGCCAGUAGUACAUCAUCGACGACACGAGAGCCGGAUGCCAGAAAAGAGUUGGAGGAUGCCUUGGUACAGCUCCAGAAACAUGCCGCCAGCUUCGUGAACCUGUCGCGGUUGCAACUGGCCAUCAAUGGCCUACGACAAGAGCCCGGCAGCGAGGCGAUCCGAGUCGCCAUCCUCGGCCUGACCAAUGGCACCGUCUCCGGACAGUCGGCCAAACAGGUCCUGAAGCUCCUCCUCGCCGACCCGCUCAAGGACGAGGAGGAAUGGGAACGCGAAGUCGACCGCCACGACCUGACGCAGCCCAUGAUCAUCCGGGUCGGCGCCAAGGAUCACCAGACACCCGGGACCAUCUCGCUGGCCAAGGGCAGUCUGUUACACGAGGUCAAUGUCUCAUCGGCGACAAUGAAUGGUCACAACCUCGAGCUGCUACUCAUGGAGACCAAUCCAUACGUGGCGUCUGCAGACGACAGCGUCGAGGGCCUCGAAGAUGCGAUUCUCGUCCCCACGGUCGAUAUUCCCAUAUCAGGUACGGGGAGGUACACUCCAGUCACGACGCCGGUACACAAGGCUCUCCUGGUGACAAAUGGACUCAUGGGCGCUGCAUCCGUGGCAUCUCUACCACUGUCGGAAAGCGCAGAUGUCAUUGCAGCUGCUGUGGACAUUCCAGAGUAUAAGCCGGACAGUCAGACAGCUCUACCAUUCACGCCCAUUGAUGUAGGAACUGCCAGCGUCGGUCUUGGUCUGAUCCGGAAAAGUCUUAAUGAUGCCAUGGAAUACGAGCACAUGUGGUUCCAGAGCAAUUUACCAAAACUCAAAGAUUGGGUCAAGGCAGAUGUUACAACUGACGCUGCUGGCAUCACAAAGGCGCCUGUACGGAGAUUAAUAGCAUCACUACUGCAAAACACCACAAUCGCAAUAGCAGAAGAGGAAGCAAGGGCUGUUUCUACCACAUUGACAACCGCAACAUCCCCGAAAUCGACACAUCUCAAUUCCAACCUGGCUGCAUGGGCCGAGGGGGCCCAUUCAGAGUUGCAAGAACAGCUAGACCUGGCAUUCUCGAGCCGGAGGUGGCGCAAGCUGGGCUGGUGGAAACUCUUCUGGCGCGUCGACGAUGUGCACAUGCUCACGACCGACAUUAUCAACCAGCGGUUCCUGCCCACGGCUGAGAAAAAGGCAAUUUACCUGGCUGGCCAGAUCCAGGAAGCCAACGCGCCAAACAGCAUUUCGGUCGUUUAUGAUGCACCCGUCUUACAGACGCCCGACGUUCAACCAGCUGUACCAACGACCUGGCCGACAAAUAUCCCGGCAGCACGAUCCUAUCUCCAAAACGAGACGAUACCGGCCUUGCAGGCACUCGCACAAAAGCUCGUCCUGCAGACAUUGAGCACAUCGGGCCUGACCACUUCUCUAGGAGCCCUGGCCUACUUUGGAACUCUGACCACGGGCAUUUAUGAGGCUGGCGCCGUUGCGGCACUUGGUAUCGUCUGGAGUAUGCGCCGGAUGCAGAAGCAGUGGGAGACGGCACGCAGCUUCUGGGAAGGAGAAGUGAGGGAGGAGGGACGCAAAGCUGUUCGUGGUGUCGAGACUUCGGUGGAAAAGGUCCUGAAACAGUCUGAAGACGUGGACGCCACUCCCGUCGCCGAGAACGAAGAACUCAUCAGAGCUAGAGAUUUGGUCGAGAAGGCCACCGAGGCUCUUGACAGGUUAAAAUAG